AUGGUCAGUCCCGCACUCAAACGGAACGCGGACCACCUCUCUGGCCCAGCAGCCGAUAGCAAAAAGCCCAAGGGUGGAAGCAUCACCGCUUUUUUCGGGGUUCCCAAGCCCAAGGCUCUUAGUACGCAGACGAACGGCUCGGGGAGCAAUGGUACAGCUCCAGCGCCGCGGUCUACCUCGUUCAAUAAAGAGAAGUGGGUGGCUGGCUUAACGGCGGAGCAGAAGGAGCUGUUGCAGUUGGAGAUUGACACUCUGGACGAGAGUUGGCUGGCACAUCUCAAGGAGGAAAUUGUGACGCCGGAGUUCUUGAAUCUGAAGCGGUUCUUGAAGAAAGAGAAGGAAGGGAAAGCUAAGAUCUUUCCUCCGGAGGAGGAUGUGUAUUCCUGGUCCAGACACACCCCCCUCCACACCGUCAAAGUAGUCAUAAUCGGCCAAGACCCCUACCACAACGACAACCAAGCCCACGGCCUCUGCUUCUCCGUUCGCCCACCCACCCGCGCACCCCCCUCCCUCCUAAACAUCUACAAGGGAAUCAAAAAGAACUACCCGGACUUCGUCGCACCGCCAAACAACGGAGGCCUGCUCACCCCUUGGGCCGAGCGGGGCGUCCUCAUGAUCAACACUUGUCUGACUGUGCGCGCACACCAGGCCAACAGCCACUCCGGCAAGGGGUGGGAGAAGUUUACGCAAAAGGCGAUUGACCUUGUUGCACGGGUGCGGAACAAUGGCGUCGUGUUUUUGGCGUGGGGGAAACCUGCGGGCACGAGGGUUGCUAAGAUUAAUAAGUCGAAGCAUUGUGUUUUGCAGUCUGUGCAUCCGAGUCCGUUGAGUGCUCAUCAUGGAUUUUUCGACAAUGGUCAUUUCAAGAAAUGUAAUGACUGGUUGGCGGAACGGUAUGGUGAAGAUGGAAUUAUUGAUUGGAGUCUCGUGCCGAGUAAGAAGGCUGUCGUGUCGCCGGCGUCUGACAAGGAGAACUCGGCUGCUUUGGCGAAUGUCUCGUCUCCCGUGGAGAAGAGUGGUGAGACGGUGGAGGGGGAUUCGGUCAAGGCUACUCCUGCAGAGGAUGAGUUUGACGAUGAUGAUGCUCUGGAGGCACUCGUUGCGGCGGAGAAGGAGGAAGCUAAGAAGAUAUGA